AUGGCCCACGAGUCUUGUGGCCUUUGUAUGUUCAUUAAAAUGUUACAGUUUCACAGUAACAUGUCGGCCAAAGAAUGCUUGAAACAUGUGAAGAUGGUAGUGCCUACGAUUGUCAUGUUCGGUGUCGUUCCUCAGUAUUUUCUUAUUUGGUUGACAUGGAGAUUUAUGUCAUGUUUACUACCAUCAUGGAUUUAUCAAGCUGGGGAUGACAUGUAUUAUUCUGUGUACCAAAAACUUGUUCUUUUCUUUUUUGAGCAUGUUGCUGGAACUAAACUGAUCCUUUAUGGAAACGUUGAUGAGGUAGUUGCAAAAAAAGAAAGAGUAAUAUAUAUUAGUAAUCAUCAAAGCACUGUUGACUGGGUCAUUGUUCACAUGCUGGCCGAUAGACAAGGAUCUAUAGGUCAUGUUCGUUAUGUAAUGAAAGACUCUUUGCAACUUGUUCCAAUGUACGGAUUUUAUUUUUAUGAGCAUGGCUGUGUUUUUAUCAAGAGGCAUUAUUUUGAUUCUAAUAAAAUGAUUUCAAACUUGCAUUAUCUACAAAGUGAAAAAAUACCAACGUGGAUGGUAAUAUUCCCAGAGGGAACAAGAUAUAAUCCUCAGUCGUCUGAUAUCAUUGAGAAAAGCAGAGCUUUUGCCAAGAGCCGAGGUCUUGUGCCUUUGAAGCAUGUUCUUACUCCCAAACAUAGAGGUUUCCACAUUGCUUUGGAAAACAUGAAAAAUAAUCUUGAUGCAAUUUAUGAUGCUACUGUGAUUUAUUCUUGCACUAGAGACAAUAAGAAAACUCUCCGCACCAAGGCGCCAUCAAUGUUUGAAUUUGUUACUGGUUGCUGUGAUGCAGUGUAUGUGCAUAUCAAUCGUAUUGAUAUGUGUAGCAUUCCUGUUAAUGAGGCAGAUCUGAAGUCAUGGCUGCACAACAUAUUUUUGAAAAAGGACAGGAUGCUUGACGACUACUAUACAGGGAAAGCUUCUCCGUCCAAGUCUCUCUUGCAAUCCAAAGGAAUUCAGUCCCCAGCUAACUUUGUUCAAAAUCUAGGCUGCUUUAUUUUUUUCGUGACAUUGAGUGCGCCCUUUGUACUUACCUCUUUCGGCCGGUCGCUGUACUGGAAAACCUGGGUUUUUGGAACUGUAUUCGGCUACUUCUGGCUAGGCAUGAAAUCAGUCAGUUGAUUUUUUCUAAUAUAGUGAUUCAAAUCUUAUAUUUGUUGAUGAGCCACUGUUUUAUAUAAAGUGCUGGGAUCAACUUGCUAGUCUGAAGGAAUUUCUAGUCUUUAGGAGGGAAAAGGAUUAUGUG